AUUCUCCGGGAGGAGAUCAGCCCUCACCCUUUCACCGCCUUCAUGUCUGACAGCAGAGGGGAGAGGAGGAGACAGGAGCAGCCUGCCGGAGGAUUUUCUGACUUUUCUUCGCUCCGUUCCCGGAACUUUUUGUCCAUGUCAUCAGUAACCCUGACACCAAAACACCGACCUGCACGCAGCCGAACCUCCUGCCUUUCCCUCGGAUUAAACUAACCGGGAGUCCACAGCUUGGUUAUGGAUUUUAACCUGCUGGCGGACAGCGAGGCCCGGAGCCCGGCGCUGUCUCUCUCUGACGCCGGGACCCCCCAGCACGAACAGGGAUGCAAAGGCCAGGACAACAGCGACACAGAGAAGUCCCACCAGAACCAGCUGGAUGAGUCCGGUGCCGACGACGGCUCUCUGAAGAAGAAGCAGAGGAGGCAGAGGACUCACUUCACCAGCCAGCAGCUCCAGGAGCUGGAGGCCACCUUCCAGAGGAACCGGUACCCAGACAUGAGCACCAGGGAGGAGAUCGCUGUGUGGACCAACCUCACGGAGGCCCGGGUCAGGGUGUGGUUUAAAAACCGCCGUGCCAAGUGGAGGAAGCGGGAACGGAACCAGCAGGCGGAGUUGUGCAAAAAUGGUUUUGGUGCCCAGUUCAAUGGACUCAUGCAGCCGUACGACGACAUGUACUCGGGAUACUCCUACAACAACUGGGCGACCAAGAGCCUAGCUAGCAGCCCACUCUCCGCCAAAAGCUUCCCUUUCUUUAACUCCAUGAAUGUAACCCCCCUGUCGUCCCAGCCCAUGUUCUCCCCCCCGAGCUCCAUCCCCUCCAUGAACAUGGCCUCUGGCAUGGUGCCGUCAGCCGUAGCUGGAGUCCCCACCACCGGGCUCAACAACCUGGGGAACCUCAACAACCUCAACAGCCCCACAGCGCUCAACUCUGUGGCGGUGACUGCGGCCGCAUGCCCCUACGCCACCACGGCUGGGCCCUACAUGUACAGAGACACCUGUAACUCCAGCCUGGCCAGUCUGCGGCUCAAAGCCAAGCAGCACACCAACUUCGCUUACCCGGCUGUACAGAACCCCGUGUCCAACCUGAGCCCCUGCCAAUAUGCGGUGGACCGGCCGGUAUGAAGGAGAAACUCCAGCCGUGACCCCUGACCCCACCGUCACUCCUCUACUCUCCAGUUCCAUCUCUAAACUGGAACGUUCUCCUGACUGGAAAUCUGUGCUUUGAUGAGCGACAGUGGGAAGAGACCCAGAAAGACAUCUUUAGAUGCUGUCUGUUCCAAAGGAAUUCCCCCGUUUGUGAGACUUUGUUGCUGAACUGACCAGCUGGAGUUUUAAAGACUCGUUCCUUCUGUUGAGCUGCAUGAUUAGAUUUCACAUAGAAACCAAGACGAACUGAAUGCUGGACUUGGCUCAGAAACACACACCUUUGCCGGAAGUGGGACCUGUGAUCAUAAUGUGAGGGAAUGGAGGCUGUAAAUAAUAGACUGUCUGUUUUGUAUGUGAUGGAUCUAUAUAUAUAUACGAGACGUAGCUCUUUAAAAUGAGAAAAAAAGCAUGUUGUUUAAAACCAGCGGUGGAUCAUUAGGAAGGCUUUUGUUGUGAAUUCCUCUCACCUCAGGAGGUCAAAGGUCAUCUAGGAUGUGUGAGAGGAGGGGUUUCUGGAAAGAAAGCACAGCUUCAAGCUUUGACUCACAAAACCAACUCUUUAAAUGAAUCGAAACAGCAGUAAGAUUAAACCGUGAAAACCAAUGAGUGUGUGUGUGUGCGCGUGUUUGUGUGUGUGUGUGCAUGUGUGUGUGCGCGCGUGUGUGUGUGUUUGUGUGUGCGUGUGUGUGCGUGUUUGUGUGUGCGUGUGUGUGUUUGUGUGUGCGUGUGUGUGUUUGUGUGU